AUGUCACACACGUCAACACCCCCAUCAGCCCGCUCUCGGUGCCGCGAGAAGCAGACAGCCUCAGUCCAAGGCCGGACACAAACCCAGGCUGAAGAGCGACUCUUCAAGUACCUUUUCAGUGCUUACAACAAGUGGUCCAGGCCAGUCCCCAAUACCUCUGAUGUGGUUAUCGUCAGGUUUGGGCUGUCCAUUGCUCAGCUGAUUGACGUGGAUGAAAAGAAUCAAAUGAUGACCACAAAUGUUUGGCUCAAACAAGAGUGGAAUGACUACAAGCUGCAGUGGAACCCGGCACAUUUCGACAACGUCACUUCCAUCCGGGUGCCAUCUGAGAUGAUCUGGAUACCAGACAUUGUGCUGUAUAACAAUGCCGACGGGGAGUUUGCCGUGACGCACAUGACGAAGGCACACCUCUUCUCCAACGGGAGCGUGAAGUGGAUGCCGCCGGCCAUCUACAAGAGCUCCUGCAGCAUCGACGUCACUUUCUUCCCCUUUGACCAGCAGAACUGCAAGAUGAAAUUUGGCUCAUGGACCUACGACAAGGCCAAGAUUGACCUGGAGAGCGUUGAGCGCCAUGUGGACCUGAAGGACUACUGGGAGAGCGGAGAGUGGGCCAUCAUUGAUGCCGUGGGCACCUACAACACCAAGAAGUAUGACUGUUGCAUGGAGAUCUACCCCGACAUCACAUACAGCUUUGUCAUCCGACGGCUGCCCCUCUUCUACACCAUCAACCUCAUCAUUCCCUGCCUCCUCAUUUCCUGCUUGACCGUGUUGGUUUUCUACCUGCCUUCUGGCUGUGGGGAGAAGGUCACCCUUUGUAUCUCCGUCCUGCUCUCCCUGACCGUCUUCCUCCUCCUCAUCACCGAGAUCAUCCCGUCCACCUCCCUGGUCAUCCCGCUGAUCGGCGAGUAUUUGCUCUUCACCAUGAUCUUCGUCACCCUCUCCAUCGUCAUCACAGUCUUCGUCCUCAACGUCCACCACCGCUCGCCCAGCACCCACAAGAUGCCUCAGUGGGUCCGCACCAUCUUCCUGCAUUUCAUUCCCCGCUGGCUCUUCAUGAAGCGACCCCCAGUGUUAGCCCCGGGGCUGAGGGUGGCCAGUGAGGAGGUGAUUGGGCAGUACGACGCGCCCCCGGAGAAUCUUAGCACGUCCCGGUGCUGGCUGGAGACGGAUGUUGAUGAAGAAGAGGAGACCGCCGAGGAGAGGAUGCUCGCUGGCCACUUGCCCCUCCAAGGCACCUGCCACCACCGCUGCCUCCAAUACCGCUACACCUGUGCCCGGCACUUGGGCAGGGGGUUCGUGGAACAUGUCCACUACCCAGCCAGCAAAACGGACAAUGCGACGUCACCUGAGCAGGGGCUGCAGCUGUCUCCAAGCAUCCUGAAAGCCCUGGAAGGGGUGCAUUACAUUGCCAACCACCUGCGUGCUGAGGAUGCUGAGUUCUCGGUGAAAGAAGACUGGAAGUACGUUGCCAUGGUGAUCGACCGCAUCUUCCUCUGGAUGUUUGUCAUCGUCUGCUUGCUGGGGACAAUUGGCCUCUUCCUCCCUCCUUUCCUGGCUGGCAUGAUCUAG